AUUAGCAACGGCGGCUGAGAGGAUAAAUGAUAAUAUGUAGAGAAAAAAAAUGGAUAAUUUGAUGGCACAGUGGGUGAUUUGGUGGAGCCCACGUUAGCAACUAGCUGAAAACAAGCCGUCCACGAGUUGGAUUUUGGAUGCCGCCGGAAAGGAACCCCCUCUCGUCUACCUCUGCAAGCGCCAUUGGCGCUCAGUCCGGGCUUUACUUCCUCCAAUCGCCACUGCAGCUCAACAACGGCGGCCGCAUUUUAACUCGUUUGAAGAGGGAUCAACAGAGAGAAUACGAAAUGAUAUCUACAUCACUGUCUUGCCUUCACAGUACUUUUGCUUCUUCACAACAGCUUUUUUGUGGACCUAAGUUUGUGGCAACAAAGUCCCAUCCCUCUCUAAACAUUGAAGCCAAAACCAGAACAAAAAGAGAAGACCGGAUUGCUCGUCAUGCUCGUGUUAGAAAGAAGGUUGAAGGGACGCCAGAAAGGCCAAGGUUGUGCGUUUUCCGUUCCAACAAACAUCUCUAUGUUCAGGUGAUAGAUGACACUAAGAUGCAUACCCUUGCCUCGGCUUCAACAGUGCAGAAACCUGUUUCUGAGGAGUUUGACUACAGUUCUGGUCCCACUGUUGAAGUGGCAAAGAGGUUGGGUGAAAUCAUUGCGAAGAAUUGUUUAGAGAAAAGAAUCACAAAAGUUGCCUUUGAUCGGGGUGGAUACCUAUACCAUGGACGCAUUGAAGCCCUUGCUGAUGCUGCACGGGUGCAUGGCCUUCAAUUCUAGAGCUUUGUUAGUUAGUCUUUCCUUGCCUGAGAAUGGCAUCUAUGUUUGAAGAUAUCAGCCUUUCGCUGUUACUCGUAGCAUAUGAUGUGGAUGGGCUUGACAUUGCCUACAAUUUCAUUUUGUUGUAAUUUUAACUAAUUUCUUCGGGAAUUUGUGAUGGUUGUCUUUUUGUUCCCAAACCCCAAAAAAAUGCUAGUUUAGUUUAGUUGGACACCA